AUGUUGAUGCCAAAGGACGAAAGAAACAAGAUCUUCAGAUACUUAUUCCAAGAAGGUGUUUGUGUUGCUAAGAAGGACUUCAACCAACCAAAGCAUGAAGAAAUUGACACCAGAAACCUAUACGUCAUCAAGGCUCUACAAUCCUUGACCUCCAAGGGUUACGUCAAGACUCAAUUCUCAUGGCAAUACUACUACUACACCUUGACUGAAGAAGGUGUUGAAUACCUAAGAGACUACUUGCACUUACCAGAACACAUUGUUCCAGGUACUUACAUCCAAGACAGAUCUCAAAAUACCAGACAAAAUGCUAGACCAAACAGAAGAUACUAA